UUAACAAACUGGCUUUAAGCUUUGGAGACAUUCUCAGUUUUUAGAUAUUAAUAUCAAGGUUUGACCAGAACAGCUGUCAUAGAUCAGUCUAUGAGUUAACUCAAGGAAUGUUAGGUCUUUAAUUUUAUUUUCAUUUGGGCUGGACGGUCAGGGUGCCUCAUUGUCUUUUUCUUGCCCCUAACCCCUAGCUCAGCUCUGAGACGCUGUCGCUCAGACAGCAACAACGAAAUGCAGAAGAAUGUCUGCUUCAACCCCCCUUCUGUUACCGUACGGUUCAAGUGUCAGAUCGUAGCUGGAAUCAACUCAGAUCCACAGACAGUAAUUAAAUUUAAACUGGUCUGAGGAGAGAAUGAGUGAGAAAUGACAAACUUCUGCUUUACUUGGAAAAAAAGUUGACUGAAGGGGGAAAUAGUGGUUGUGUAGCUGCAGAAGUGUGUGUGUGUGUGUUGGGGUAUCUGCCAGCCAAUGAGUGUUAAGGACAGCAGCUGUGUCUCUGACAGGGAGCCUGCUCUCUCCGCCCCGUGUGUUGAACAGCAGCCUGCUCUCGGACGGAGCUCAGACUGAAUGAGAGGCUCCUGAUGGUCCACUGAACAGAGACGCUUCAGUCUGCAGGGACAAGUCUGCCACCAUGGAGAAACUUGCCACAGCUCUGUAUGACAACACGGCAGAGUGCGCGGAUGAGCUCGCUUUCAAAAAGGGCGACAUCAUCACGGUGAUGGAUGAAAACGUGGCCGGCACCAGUGGUUGGUGGAUGUGCUCCCUGCAUGGACGCCAAGGCCUGGCCCCUGCCAACAGACUGAAACUUUUACCAGCGAGCAGAGCUUCUGCAGGCUCCUCAAACCACUGUGUGGAGAAACGCACAGCAGUCCAGGCCAACAGCCACAUCAGGGCUCAUGGUAUUUACCAGAUCCCAAAUGGGUCCAGACCAGUCACCGACCCUGCCUAUGAAAUCAUGGAUAUGAUCUACAACAUCCCGUCCGGUCCGUUAUCAACUUCACAGAGUCUGACCAUAUUAACUCACAGCACGGACGACCCAGAGGACAAAAAGGUCUCAGUCUUCAACAUGUCAUCCACUUCAAAAGGAGAAGUUUAUGAUGUCCCAGUGCAGGCGAGGCAGGCCCUGCUCACUGAAUCAACAGCUCCAGGUCAAAUGCUACUGAAGAAAACACAUAUUCCACCUUCCAGUCUGGACAGGAGAAUUAACUCUCCAGAAAAUACUAGUGGCAGUUCAAGAGACUUUUUUGACCCAAACUAUGACUUUCCGGUUCCCUCAGCCACUGAAUGCCACGAGAGAAUUGUUGGUGAAUACAGGACUCUUCCUAAUCCUCGCAAACCUGAAUGGAUCUACGAUGUGCCAGUGGGCUCGGGGAAACUGAGUCCAAUCCAAGGCAUCUAUGACACUCUGCCCUCCAAAUCCACUCACAGGCUGAUAUAUGACACCCCUCCAUCAUCUGCUGGAUCUGUUCAAACCAGAAAUGACCCUGGCUCUCUGUAUGACAUACCAAAGUCUGAUCCUCUAGAUAUCUCUAGUCCAGAAAAAGGGCUCCAACAAGUUCCACCUGACGACAAGCCCCCAACCCAAGCACCUACAGAGUCAGUGAAGGAAGACCCCCUGAGCAGAGCCGGGACUGAUUCAGGUGAUCAGAAUCCCCUGGUGAGCAGGGCUGACCUAAGCACUGAGCUCAAAAGGGUGCGCCUGCAGCGGAUGAGGAAUUUUUUGGCUUGUACGACCUUCUGUGAUCUUCCAGGAGGGAAAGAAGCAGCUGUGCAGGAAGAGAAGCAAAGCAGACACUCAGACUCAGCAGACAGUCAAAGGAUCAGCACAGCCUCCAGCUCUUCCUCCAGCUCUUGUGACUCUUUUGCUUUGAGCUCCUCUCCUGAACCUCCACGAGAAGUGACGCUCAGUCACAACGAGGCCUGCCGCCGAGUCCUGGACCUGCAGGAGUCGGUCUGCAGGACGGUGCCGCAGCUCAUGGAUUUUGUCAGCAGUAACUGGAGAUGUAAAGAACACCUGGAACAUCAUCUGACAGAAAUCAAAGAAGCAGUGGAGAGGAUAGUGUGCUCGUUGACGGGCUUCAUCCAUUUUGCUCAGGACAUUAAAGGGAAUGCUCUGAGUUUAACAGACGCCAACCUGCAGACCCGACUCUACAAACAGCUGACUGUCAUAGAGGACUCCUCCGUGAUCCUGCAGCAAACUGCCAGCAAGCUGAACACAGCAGGCUGGUCCCUCAGAACCAUCUGUCAGGAUCCAGGUCAAGUCCAGACACCUGACCAACUGGAUCGCUUUGUUCUGGUAGCACGAACUGUUCCAGAUGACGUCAAACACCUCGUGUCCAUCAUCUGUGCCAACAGCAAGCUUCUGUUCAAAACUCCUCCCAAAGAUUCAGACUCUGUCACCAACACAAGUCCUCCAGAGACCAAGAAGAGUCUGCUCAAGACUGAAGGACAGGCAGUGGAAGACAAUGAUGACUAUGUAGAACUACAGACAAAUGCUGAAGAAACGACCAUGGAGAGAAAAGAGAAGACACCAGUAAAAAGUGUCUCACCUGUCUCUACAACAGUUGAAAAGCAGUCUGAGUCCUCCAGCAGCACAGAGCAGCAGCCAUCUCCCCGGUCAGAGCACUGCCGGCUGUACUUUGGAGCUCUUCAAAAAGCCAUCGGAGGAUUUGUGGACAGCGUCAGCCUCGGCCAGCCACCAGAAAAGUUCAUCCCGCAGAGUAAGCUGGUGAUCAUGGUUGGCCAGAGGCUGGUGGACACCCUUUAUAAGGAGGCCCAUCAUCGAGGCUCCUGCCAGAUCCUCCUGUGUAAAAGCAACCACCUUUGUGCUCUUCUGAAGCAGCUGGCUGUGGCCACCAAAAAGGCAGCACUGCACUUCCCAGAUAGGCAGGUUCUGCUGGAGGCCCAGGAUUUUGCAAAGAUCCUGGCUCAAAAAGCGCAACAUUUCCGGACUUCACUGGACCUCUGAGGUCUGAGAACCGCUCUCAUGUCGUGUUCGUUCUUCAUGUAUGAACCAGCUCGCUGUUUGAGUUUCUGUUUCUAUCGUUUCUGAGCUACAACAAAAUAUAUUUUGAUAAAUAUUGAAUAAGAAUGAGUGUUGUGCUGUAGAGAAGAGUGGCAAUGAAAGGAUCCAGAGCAGUAACUGCACAGAGUAUAAAUUCAAAACAUUAGAGCAAAAUUACUAAAGGCUGUAAAAUAUCAUUUGCAAUUUUUGAAAAGUAUGAAAACAAUAAGGCUAUGAAUAUCAGGACAAAUAUGUGUAAAUAUAAAUGUAGUAAAAGACAGUAUAACAUGCUUUGUGAAUGAAAUAAAAGAGUAAAAUUGU